AUGCAAAUUUCAAAGUUCUUAACAUAAACAAUCCAAACGUGCACUUGCUUCAAUCAAUCAUGGCGAAGCAGACCCGCCCCUCGGAACCAAUUCGCGAUUUGAUGAAAUAUUUAAGCUUUACUGAAGGCAGAGAUAAGAUUUACAGAAUCACCCAGUAUGCCACAAGAUUUAUUCUCUGGUAUUAUGGCAACAAUAAAGCAAGCCACUUCAACCUUGAGAGGAUAAAGAAUCUAGAAUCGACAGUUACAAAUUCAAGAAAAUUGUUUCGUAUGCUGAGGUCCGUUGAGUUCUUGCAGAGAGCAUUAGAUUCAUUGGCAUCAAGUGACAAUACAGAGGCUAGCUUGCAACUCAUUGGAUACCUUGGCAAAAGUUUGUGGCUUUUGACAGAUCAUGUUGUAUGGUUGCACAAAGUAAAAGUCUAUGAGGUGAACAUUAAAAGAUGGGCUGAUAAUUCUGCCAGGGCCUGGCUGAUAGGUCUCCUCGCUCUCACUCUCAGAGACCUGUACAAACUGCAGAAGCUUUCUCUCAGCCUCAAGGAACUUAAAAGAGCAGGUGAGCCGGUGCCACGGCAACGGCUGGAAUCCGACAUCACCAAGGCAAGGCUUCAGUUCGUUUUGGACUUCUCUGAUGUAUUCAUUCCUUUGGCUGCCCUUGGCUAUGUCAACAAGGGUGUCGGAUCUGCUGGUGGAGUCAUCGCUUCUGUCAUUGGGCUUUACCUUGUUUGGCAGAAAAAUGUGCCUUGCAAAUGAAGAGACAGAUAUUCAUGUAUGAAGUACAGGCGUGUGUCAUAUGGUGAAUGGUAGCAUGUGAUGAUGGGGAAGUCAAUAUCAUAAUACCUUUUUUUUCACUAGCUGAGAUACUAGAGUAUCAUACCAUUUGCAGUAUUAACUCAUUUUGAAUGAGCUAUAUAAAUUAAAAGACAAUGAUUAUCUGUUUCUCUAAGGCUAACUGUGGCAGUUGAUUUGACUUCUAAAUUAUAUCUUCUGAUGUUAACAGAGCCAGAAUGUUAUUGAUAAUGAUGGAUGAUUGGUGUAGACACAAAUUAUCAUAAUUAUAUGAACAAAUUAUUUUUCUCAUGAUCAUGUAAACUAAUCUAUGUCGUUUAUACCAAUAUUCCUUGCCUUUUGAUCGGGAUGGAUCCAGAAAAAAAGGUAAUCACUUGUGUUAUAACAACUGUG